GUUCGAUGAUCCGUGCAGCUUCUCGCACAUCCGCCAGGGUCGUUGAUUUAAACAUGCGUGCGUCAUUGACCCGUACAAGAGACUCGAAGUUCGUGAAGGCUUCUUUGAUUAUGGGAUGAGCCUGAUCUCGCAGGGAAGCCAUCACGGCACUGCUUCCACCAAGCAGCAGGCGAUGUGACGGGAGGGAAACACAGGGAAUUGAAGCUUGGGGUCGGCGUGAACAAUGAGAAAAGAAGGGGUCUUCUGUGACAAGCCAUGUUAUUGAUCAGGCGGUGUGACCGGCUGCGACUCGCGGUGAGGCUGGAUUGUUGGCGCAGUCGAUAGGCGCACUCACUUCCUUGCAUCGUAACUACCUCGACAUACGGACCAGCCUCUGACUUGAGAUGCUUGGGCCUCUUCAACAAUACAAGCUGGGAUCUUACAGCUGCUUGCUUCAAGAAAUUAUUCUCAAGGCCAAAUUUUGGUACCAAGGCUGACAGUGCUUCCAGAGAUUCCCUGCACGAGAUAUGUAUCAGUCCAUGGCCACUGCAUAUGACUACAUGCCAUCCCGCGACCAGGAGUGGAACAAGAGACGGAGGUUAAACAAUCGGAACUUCCAAGAGUUGGUUGUAACACAGUAUGGCUCCGAAAGUGAACAUCCAUCUUUCAUGGGUCCGUACAACGCGGAUGCGUAUCUGUCAGGCCGCAGCACGCAGUACAAUCCCGGCCAAGAAAGCAUUGCUCAGGAGGUCGACGACAAUCUUACACAACUCAGCCAGGUCCAUCAAACCUCCUACUUCGAAUACACAAGAAGCCCGGUCGAUCGAGACACAGAUGCGAACGGGAUCAUUUUACAUGGUAGUGAAAGCACGGUUAUCUCGCUAUUGCAGGUCGACGGCUGUGUUGAAGGCUUCGUUGAUGCAACCGAAACCGAUGUUCCUCCUGAUGCUUUCUGUAUAGAUCCAGAUCCCGACCAGGAAUGUUCUGCAUCUGUAUCGAGCAUGACUAUUUGUUACGGGAUGCUUUGCGAUAUCCAAGUCGAGAUUUUGAUGUCGCAUCAGUCUUUAAUGGCAUAUCAAGCCUUGUGCUGGGACGGGUUCAGAGCGUUGCAACAUCCAACCGAUAAAAUCAAGUUGCCGAACUUGCUUCAACUACUGCUCAAAUACUUCAGACACUGUCUUCUGAAGCCUGUACGGAAUUUCAAUUUUGGCUUUGGCCACCACAGCAAUCGACUGACCAACAAUGUCAUGGUUCAGAAAAGCCUACAGCUAGAGGAGGUGGUCUCACAGUCCGCAAUCUAUCGGUCAUCUUAUACGGGCCUAACAACAUGGCGGAUCGUGUAGCAGAGUGGCUUGACAGCCUGAAGAUGUAUCUCCAAAUCCCUGGAGCAUGCGAUCGAGAUGUUCCCUACAUCAACCCGCACUGUCUGACUUCGAACCGAGAGUCAAUAGUAUACACUUCUGAACUCCCCUCUGACCUUUCAGUAAAGGCAGACGAAGGCCAGAACUUCAGCGAUGAUCCUUUCGGGGACCUUUAUAACAGCUCGGUCUUUGAAUUGGCUCCUCAGCCGAGCGCAAUUGCCUCGAGGCUCCAUGAUCAUCAGAGACAAGCCUUGACCUUCAUGAUAGAACGAGAAAACGGCUGGAAUUUAUCUGGGACGCGAAUGGACAUAUGGAAAUCUCACAUUACUGCCUUUGGCGACAAGAGAUACAAGAACACAGUGUGCGGACUUACGCAAGGACAUCCGCCCGAGAACUUCCAAGGAGGGAUCAUUGCGGAUGAGAUGGGCCUUGGAAAGACUUGCACCAUGCUGGCUUUGAUAGCGGCAAAUCCUUUUCAAUUCGUCACCCAUCCUCGCAAUUCUGAGUGCGUGAAAAGCACGUUGAUCGUUGUGCCAUUUUCUUUGUUGUUUGUCUGGGAGAAGCAAAUCAAGGAACACCUCUGCCCAGGGCAAGUCCGCCACACUAUAUUCUAUGGCCGCGACCGCCAGAAAGUCGUCAAUCUCAAUGAUCUUGAUAUCGUCGUAACCACUUACAACACGGUUGUCUUAGAAUGGAAGAAUUACAAGCCAUCGCGAACUUCCUCUAAUCGCAGUCUUUUGUUCAGCACAUUGUGGCAUAGGAUCAUCUUGGACGAGGCUCAUGUCAUCCGCUCCAAGGAAACCCUAUGUGCCAAAUCCGUCUAUGCUCUGCAAGCAGAACGGCGUUGGUGCAUCACUGGUACUCCAAUUCAGAACCGGUUGACAGAUAUCUACUCUCUUCUUCGCUUCCUCCAGGUGCACCCUUAUGACGGUCUGCGAAUUUUCGAGGAGCAAAUCUUGCACCCAUGGAAGUCAAAGAUGGACGAGAAUGCCUUGAAGAGACUUCAAUCGAUCAUGAAAGCGAUUGCCAUUCGUCGUCCGAGAGCCGUUAUUGCUCUUCCUGAUCGCAUAGAGCACACUGAAAAACUUGAUUUUACGCACGAGGAGCGUAUUGUUUAUAACACGGCACGAAUCGGCGCCAUGGAGGUUCUAGAGAGCGCGACAAGUGACAACCAAGCCACAUCGGGAUCUGUAUACCUGAAUGCAUUCCAACGAGUCAACGAUUUGAGAUAUAUUUGCAAUCAUGGUGUCAGUCCGCCACGUCGCAGGCAGCAGACGAACUCUGUGGAUGGAUUCGAACAGGUGUCGUAUUCUCUCCCAGAUGAAAGGCUGGAAGCAUGGAAGGAUAGCACAGACACAUUAUGCAUUCAUUGCAGCGCGGAACUUUUGGAUGAAGACGAAACCGAGCGAUUUCUUUCUGUUCGUGACAGCGGUGGCCUCGACCAGCUGUCAUCUCGAUCAUGCAGAAAUUGUGCUCUGCGAAACCACCUGCUCCUGGCCCCGUCAGCGUCGAAUCCGUCCUCUGAAAUAUCGACGCCGGUCAGCUUCAGUAUGCCGGUGCAGGCCUCAAGCAAGAUCAAAGUCCUCGUAUCGCAGAUUGAACAACUCCCGUUCGAUGACAAAUGUGUCGUUUUUUCAUACUGGACGUCGAGCCUGGACGCCAUCGAGGUCGCCCUGAACCAAGCACAAGUUCGAUUCUGUCGCUACGACGGUCGCCUGAACCGACAGAGACGCAGCCAGGCGUUGAGCGAGUUCACCACCGACCCCUCGCUGCGCGUCUUUUUGGUGUCCAUCACCUGCGGAGGCCAAGGGCUCGACCUCACGGCCGCGAACCAUGCCUUUUUGCUGGAGCCGCAGUGGAACCCCAUGAUCGAGGAACAGGCCAUGGCCCGGGUGCACCGACUCGGCCAGCAGAAGCCGGUCCGUUUGGUGAGGUUGCUCGUCAGGGACACGUUUGAAGAGAACAUUGUCCGACUUCAGGGCCGAAAACGGACCCUGGCCGACCUCAUCGUCGACCGGUCGCCGUUGAAGGAAGGCUCGGACGGUAAGAAGCAGUUGUAUUAUCUACGUGAAUUGGUAGAGUAG